UAUCGAUAAGUCUACUACUUUUAUCGAACAAAUGUUGAUUUAUUUUCGGUAAUUGUUAUUGAAUACAUCUAUUAAAGAUUCCAUCAACAAUGCAAUGGUUGAAUUCAAAGUUAAUAAAUAAGUAAAUAAAAUAAAAAAAGAACAUGCUGAGUUAUAUCUAUAUGCGAUACCACAAUAGAGAUGACAAAAGAUUAUGACUACCUAUUGAAGGUUCUUCUGGUUGGAGAUAGUGAUGUUGGCAAGCACGAAAUAUUAUCUUGUCUUGAAGAUGCAUCGUCCGACAGCCCGUUCUGCAGUGGAAACGCUUAUAAAACCACAACUAUUCUUCUGGAGGGCAAGCGUGUUAAAUUGCAAAUAUGGGAUACUUCUGGACAAGGCCGAUUUUGUACAAUCAUAAGAUCAUAUUCUAGAGGUGCACAAGGAAUUAUAUUAGUUUAUGACAUUACGAAUAAAUGGAGUUUCGACGGGAUUGGCCGCUGGUUAAAGGAGGUAGAAGAGGUAAUGAGUGAAAAUCUAUAAGUACAAUAUAAUACGGUGUAAAACUGAUUAUUAAUUUUGAAGUUAACUAGUCCUAUAAGUGUAGUAUGAUUCAUGCUGAAUAUAUUUUUAUUUUUUGUUAUGUUCCCUCAUAACUUUGAACCACA